AUGGAUGCAGGCCGCUCCCGUUGUUGCAUUCUCGUUUUAGCUCUAUUUGGGAUAUGCAUCCAAUACCAAUGUUGUGCAAGUGGAAUUGACGCAAACCAGACAGCGCUACUGUUUGAGAUGAAUCAUGCUGGCUCUGGUGGACUGUGGGCUGAACUUGUCAGCAACAGAGACAACCAGACACUCGCAGACACCAGUUUUGAAUCUGGAGGCUCAUCCGUGCCAUCUCUGAUUAAGCCUUGGGAUAUCAUUGGGAAUGAUUCUUCUGUGAUCGUAUCAACGGAUCUUUCAUCAUGCUUUGAUCGGAAUAAAGUUGCACUGAGGAUGGAGGUGCUUUCUGACAAUACAGGUGCCAACAUCUGUCCAGAUGGAGGAGUUGGUGUCUACAAUCCAGGAUUCUGGGGCAUGAAUAUCGAGCAAGGGAAGAGUUAUAAACUGGUGUUUUAUCUGCGCUCAGACGAACCAGUUAAUCUAUCAGUAGCUUUAACCGGUUCAAAUGGACUAAAGAAGCUGGCUACAACUACUUUGAUUCUUUAUUGUUCUCGCAGAGUUGCUAAUGCAUCAAAUUGGACAAAGGUGAUGGUUAUGUUGGAAGCUGAAGGAACGGAUCCUAAUUCGAGACUGGAACUGAAAUCAACUACAAAGGGUGUUAUGUGGUUUGAUCGAGUAUCAUUGAUGCCUCUGGACACAUACAACGGGCAUGGCUUACGGAAGGACCUUUUUCGAAUGCUUCAAGAUUUGAAACCAGCAUUCCUCAGAUUUCCAGGGGGCUGUUAUGUGGAAGGGGUCAAGUUAAAAAAUGCAUUUAGGUGGAAAGAAACCGUUCGACCAUGGGAAGAGAGGCCUGGCCAUUUUAAUGAUAGGUGGUCAUACUGGACUGAUGACGGGCUUGGUCAUUUUGAGUUUCUUCAACUUGCUGAGGACUUGGGUGUGUUGCCAGUCUGGGUUUUCAACAGCGUUGGUUAUUUUCAGGAAUCAGCCAUGAAGAACAAGUUAACACUUCCAAUAUCUCACCUUUCGUGCAAGAUACCUUAGAUGGUAUUGAAUUUUCAAGGGGUGCUUCUAACUCAACAUGGGU